AUGCCCACCAUUUCUAUCUUCAAAUUUCCGAUUCUUGCUCCUCCACCAAUCUCAAGUUCGAAGGUUUUAUCCAGAAGCCCUUUAAUUCUCAGAAAUUCGACACCUCGCCCCCAUAGUUUCUCCUCAAUUUCGAAAAGGACCCUUUUCCGAUCCAAGUCGUCUGAAGGGGACGCCAUGCUUUCGGAAGCUGAAGAUGAGUGGCUUCAAAAGUUACCUGAAAAGAAGAGCGCUCUGUACUCUCACAGCUUGCCUUGUCUCGAGGCUUGGCUGAAAAGUCUAGGGUUUCACCAGAGCAGAGAUGAUAGGGCUGUGUGGCUUGUCAACAAGCCCGAUUGGCACGCGCAGCUCUCGCUUGAUGUCACCGAUUUAUACAUAAGGUAUUUAAAGAGCGGACCAGGUAAUCUGGAGAAAGAUGUCGAGAGGAGAUUCAGUUAUGCGCUGAGUAGAGAAGAUAUCGAAAAUGCCAUACUUGGAGGACCAUGA